UGAUCAAAGAGAAUGACACAAACAAUUUGAAGAAAUUCCACAUCUGGUUAGUUUCACUACACAAGGUAAAGACUUGCGAAAACGAAUGCUUAAAAACUGCCGAAAUCUGACAUCUUUAUCAGAAACUGUAUGAGAAGUGUAAAAUACUUAGUUGAUUAUGUCACGCAUACGGGGUCUCGAGUUACUCUUCAAUUUAGUGAAAGACCAGAUAAAGUCGAAGCAAGAUUGUGUCGUUGCGGCUCUACACUGCUUGCUGAUCAAUGAAGGCCUGCAAUGUGUUGGUACUGGGGAAGAGUUUUCAGACGAAGAUGCCCGCUCCACAACAGAACUUUUACCUGAGCAGUGGAACAAGAACCAAGAAGUCUACACUCUACGUUAUAUUUCUAAAGCCGCUACGAACCGCUAUUUAAUAAAAGUUGUCAAAGCUGGAGGCAUAAUGCAUAUCAAUAUAGUAUUAAACGAAGAUAAAACAGCUGCUAUGUCGGCAAAUAUUGAUAAACUUAUUUCAGAUGAUUUCCGUAAUUAUUCUAGUGCUUAUAAUGAAUUGGACUCCUUAAAAGAUGCUUUUCAGAAGGAUGUAGUUGAAAAACUUAUGAAGAAACCUAGCGUGGCAAGCACUUCCAAAUCAACGGAUAACAAAUCGUCACCUCUUCGAGUGGGCCCAUCAUCAGUCCGUAGGCCUCAAAUGCCAAUACCACCGGAUUUCGGAAACGAUUCUCCGUUCUCUGGUGGUCAACCAGCGUUCCCUGAAGUCGGAGGUAGAGACCUUGACCCGCUUGGUAGAGGUUCUGGUGGCAUGCUUCUAGAUCCUUCAAAUUUCGGAGUACCAAGGGGUAUUAAUAUGCCUCCUUACGGACCUAGGCCAGGUUUGCCACGGGGUUCUGUACCUCCUGGUGCUAGAUUCGAUCCUUUUGGACCUCCUCUGCGUGGACCUAAUAGGUUUGAGCCGAAUCCGGAUCAUUUCAGACCUCCUGAUUUUGAUGAUUUCAUGUAAGACAUUUACGGUAGAAACUUUCAGUUUGUUGUAUAUAACAUGUGUUUUUUUUUUUUUUUUUUUUUUUUUUUUAGAAAUAUAACCGUGUGAUAACCAUCCGUGUUAUGUUGUAUGUUUUGUUGAAAUACAGACUUUUCAAAGUGAAAGCUGUUUUUAUGAACGUGAACAAACUCUAAAAAUGUAAAAUUAAUACUUUUGAUAACGAAAGAGAAGUAUUCUAUUUUCUACUUAGUGGUUGUACUUAUUAAUAAAUAUUUGAAAUUGUCACAGAA